ACGAGCAGGACGGAGCUGAGGUUCAUUCGUUCAUUCCUUCCUUCAUUCAUUCAAUCCUGAGCGGCUGAUGCUGGAGAUCAGUUACCCUUAUUUUUUUUUUUUAAAGAUUUAUUGAUUGAUUUGAAAGAGAGAGAGAGGUCUUCCAUCUGCUGGUUCACUCCCCAGAUGGCCACAACGGUCAGAGCUGGGCCAAUCUGAAGCCAGGAGCCAGGAGCUCCAUCCGGGUCUCCCAUGCAGGUGCAGGGGCUCAAGGACUUGGGCCAUCUUCUACUGCUUUCCCAGGCCACAGCAGAGAGCUGGAUGGGAAGUGGAGCAGCCGGGACUCGAACCCGCGCCCCAUGGGAUGCCGGCGCUGCAGGUGGCACAGUGCCCCCCCCCCACUGCCCUCUCUCCCGGGAAGCGCAAGGCCAACCCCCACCCUGACCUUGGCCGCCCUGCAGCCUUAGGCUGAUUAGCGGGGGCCUUAAGCCGCCGUCCUAAAGGCCCCGCUUCGCCAGCCCCGGGUACCCAGAGCCGGCCAUGGCCGCCUUGUUCUCCGGCCGCGUCUUGAUCCGGAACAACAGCGAGCAGGACGAGCUGGAGACGGACGCGGAGCUGAGCCGCCGGCUGGACAACCGGCUGCUGCUGCUGUUCUUCGGCGCGGCCGCCUGCCCGCGCUGCCAGGCCUUUGCGCCCGUGCUCAAGGACUUCUUCGUGCGGCUCACCGACGAGUUCUACGUGCUGCGGGCGGCGCAGCUGGCGCUGGUGUACGUGUCCCAGGACCGCACGGAGGAGCAGCAGGGCCAGUUCCUCAAGGACAUGCCCGAGAAGUGGCUCUUCCUGCCCUUCGAGGACGCCUGGCGGAGGGACCUGGGGCGCCAGUUCUGUGUGGAGCGCCUGCCGGCCGUGGUGGUGCUGAAGCCGGGCGGGGACGUGCUCACUCGGGACGCGGCCGCCGAGAUCCAGCGUCUGGGCCCCGCCUGCUUCGCCAACUGGCAGGAGGCGUCCGAGGUGCUGGACCGCAGCUUCCUACCGCCCGAGGACCUGGACGACCCCGCGCCGCGGAGCCUCACCGAGCCCCUGCGCCGCUGCAAGUACCGCGUGGAGCGGCCGCGGCGGGGCGCGGAGGCCGCGGGGGGCGCGGCCUGGGGGCUGGACUGA